CUGGGAACCUUGUUGCUUUUUUUUUCUACUCCUUUUUCUUUUCUUUUCUUUUCUUUUUUUCUUUUUUUAAAGGGCGAUGGCCUUGAGGUAUUAUCAUCGGACUAACCAGCCCAGAUAUGCAGCCUUCAGAGGCAAGAGCCUUGAUCGGCGAGGGCGGAAGCAUGAGCGUGUCGAGACUGAAGAAGCUUGUUGAGGGGAGUCUGGAGAUAACGGGAGAAUUCAAUCCUAUCUUUGAUGCUUUUAAUGCGUUGGCAGAUAUCGCUGGUGCCUAUUUUAUUUCCUUGCAAUCUGUGGAGAGGAUUCUGGAGAAAAUGCCUGGAAUUGGAAAUAUCACUGAAGAGGACAGACAGAGCCUGAGUGCACUUUUGGAUGCUGGUCCCGGCGGGUCCAUCUCAAUUACCAGCUUCUAUCAGCUCGGCAGGUUUCAGCCUGCUGGCACUGGUGGAGGCGUAUCACCUGCGUUAUUGCGAGCUAAUGUUGACGCUGCCCCAAGCUCAGCAUUGGGCAGCAAUGCAGCACAACCAGUUCGUACAGGCACAGGCGCCAAUCGUAGGCGAUCAUCAUUGCAAUCACCACCACAAUCAGCGUCAGGAAUCAAUCAACAGGGCCCCAAGGUGAAAAUCGUUGAGGACCAAGUUACCGCUCCCAAGACGAAGGUGGGGCAGUCGAGAGCAUCCUUCGUUAGCAGUUGAUGAAACUGAGACAGGUGAAAAACUGAGAAGGGGAGUAUUCUCUCUUGUCUUUAGUGUUGAAAUACGGUAGGUACUUCGCAGUUGUUACAAUCCUGGCUAUCUCGAAGUGCUGUAACUCAGACAAAGACAAUUUUGUUCAAUUGCAAUUGAACUGAAAGAACUCGGAAAGAGAAAUAGACAAAGGAAGAAGAAGAAAUAAGACUGGAAGAAGAAGAGCAUGGUGAACACCAGCAAAGACCAAUGUCAAGCCCCCUUUCAUCUCGCCACCAUCUCCAACCUCCUUUUACUCCCCCAACUUCUUCAUAAUAAUAAUGAUAAUAAUAGCAAUGUAAGAAUGAACGAGAACCAAUGUC